GUCUCCCGCCUCCAUCAGUACCGAAGGUAACUCCGCUGCGUGCGUAAAGCUCCGGGAGACUCACGCAUCGCGCUCACAGUUUCAACGUCUGCUCUACUUCUUCUGAGAUUAAAGAAAAACAAUCUUCGGCUGAUAUUAGACUUACGUAACAAAAAAACAAAAAAAAAAAGAGUGACCAAUUUUCCGGCAUUUUGAAAACAUUGUCGGCAGCGCUUUCUUUUUUUUUUUUUUUUUUUGGCACAUUUUCGGAUCAGCUUGAACUAAAUGCAUCGCACUCAAACUGACGCACUACCGAUCCGGGUCGUUCAAGUUGAGAGUAAAAAUGUGCAAAGCAAAUAGAAGAUACAGAGGGAGCUAACUGGACUAAUUUUGGAUUUAUUUGUCGGUGCCUUUAUAAAGGAUUCAAUCAAACUUAUGGCGUGAAGGGCCACUCCCUGGCCUCCAUCACUCACAGCUAAUGGAUGUCUUUGGCCAGUAUGCCUACAAUGACAGUUUCAACGAUAACGGAACAUGGCACUUCAACGAAACAGAGCAAGAACAGAGGCAUCCUUACAACUACUAUGCCAUGCUUCUCACGCUGCUCAUCUUUGUCAUUGUCUUUGGCAACGUUCUGGUGUGCAUGGCUGUGUCGAGGGAAAAGGCUCUGCAGACCACUACCAACUACCUGAUCGUCAGCCUGGCUGUUGCUGAUCUUCUGGUGGCCACCCUGGUUAUGCCCUGGGUUGUCUACCUGGAGGUAGUGGGAGAGUGGCGCUUCAGCAAGAUCCACUGUGACAUAUUUGUCACCCUUGAUGUGAUGAUGUGUACAGCAAGCAUCCUCAAUCUAUGUGCCAUCAGCAUUGAUCGAUACACAGCGGUGGCAAUGCCGAUGCUGUACAACACGCGCUACAGCUCCAGGAGACGAGUCACCGUAAUGAUCUCUGUUGUCUGGGUUCUCUCCUUUGCUAUAUCAUGUCCCCUGCUGUUUGGCCUCAAUAACACAGCAACCCGCGACGCGUCUCUCUGUGUCAUCGCCAACCCUGCCUUCGUGGUGUACUCCUCCAUCGUGUCCUUCUACGUACCCUUCAUCAUUACUCUGCUGGUUUAUGUGCAAAUUUAUGUGGUCCUGAGGAAGCGCAGAAAACGUGUGAACACAAAGCCAAAGCGGCGUGUGUGUCAGCCUGCUGACACCGAUGUAGCAACUUCAUUGAGGGAUAAGUGCACUCAUCCAGAAGAUGUAAGGUUGUGCACCAUGAUUGUGAAGUCCAAUGGAAGCUUACCUGCCAACAAGAAAAAAGUGAUUUUCAUCAAAGAAGCUGCCACCGAUGGGGAUGACUUGGAGCUGGAUGAGCUGAACAACAGCGGCACCAGCCAGAGGCAAAGACAUCAGACACACAGUGCCCUUGGAGACACUCCGGCCACUAGCCACCAGCAGCUAAUGCCCAACAAGGCCAACGCUAGCCCCACCUCCACGCCUCCCACACCCCCCGAGGACGGCCACAAAGCAGAAAAGAACGGCGAGCGCAAGGAGGCCCUGACUGACCCAGCACCAGUUGUAGCCAAAGCCUUCCAGACACAGGCGCUACCUAAUGGCAAGACUCAAUCCUCUGUCAAAAACAUGAGCAAGAGGAAGAUCUCCCAACAGAAAGAGAAGAAAGCCACUCAGAUGUUAGCCAUUGUCCUCGGUGUAUUCAUCAUAUGUUGGCUGCCAUUUUUCAUCACCCAUAUCUUGAACACCCACUGCACCAAAUGCAAAGUUCCCGCUGAGAUGUACAACGCUUUCACUUGGCUGGGCUACGUGAACAGUGCUGUAAAUCCCAUCAUAUACACCACCUUUAAUAUCGAGUUCAGGAAGGCGUUCAUUAAAAUCCUGCACUGCUAAGCUGCCGCAUCCCUUACAGAUCAGACUGAGGGAGAGGGCACAAAAUAAAGGGUCUGGCAAAUACCUCAUCCUGUGAAAGGAAAAUGCACCACAUGGGGGGAAAAACUGAACAAUUACUAAAAAACUGGCAGUGUCUUUUUGGAAGGCGCGUUGAUUAUGUGUGUGUGUGUGUGUGUGAGUUUGUUUGUGGAGUCCUGUUCUCCAGAUAACUGAAUGUAAAACAAGAAAAGUCUGUAACAAUGAUCUGUUUAUGGAGAGAGAAAAAAAAAAAAA